AUGUCCGACACUUGCAUUGUCUGUUUAGGCGACCUUGGCGAAAGCGUCAGUAAUCCCGAGUUCGUGCCAAAGCCCGAUCUCCACGAUGAUGCUACCACCGUCAAAGUCGAGGGUCUCGAGGAGGAGGAUGUGGGUCAGAUAGCUCAGUUGUUACCAUGCGGUCAUAUACUGCAUGAUAAUUGUCUAAAGCCCUGGGUAGAGCGCGCGAAUAGCUGUCCAAUAUGUCGGCGUAGCUUCAACAUGGUGGAGCUAAGCGACCGUCCUGGAGGUCCGGUAGUUUCUUCCUAUGCUGUCCAAGACCGAGUACAGGUCGCAGAGAUCGACCCAUCUAUGAUGAUUGAAUAUGCCGAUGAUGACAUCGCCGACUACCAACCAUGCACAAUCUGUGGGGAAGCAGAUAACGAGGAUGUUUUGCUUCUUUGCGAUGGGUGUGAUAUGCCUUCCCAUUCAUACUGUGUCGGGUUGGACGCAGUACCCUCGGGGUCAUGGUACUGCUCAGCGUGCGAGUCAUCUCGCGUGGCUGGACGUGCGGAGACAUCAAAUGCUAGAUCGGCUGCUGGGUCACCGGCAAACAGGCGACGGGGUCGCACCAGAGGACAAGAACGACGACUCAACAGCCGAAACCACGUCAACUCGCUUCACUGGGCUCGUGUAUGGCAGUCCGUGUGGGACAAUCUCAACAUUGAUCUAGACUUUCCUUUUGACGAUGAUCGCUCUGCUCAACGAGUUAUACAACAGCGUCGCCGCGAAGAGGCCAACCAACGUGAAUUUCGGGCAUGGCAACGCCGCUUUGAGGUUGCCGAGAGACAAGGCGGUGGUCGUCGAUUUCGAGAUGCAGCUUCGCUCUUUGAUAUUGAGCCCACCAGGCCAUCCCGGCCUCGGGCCCCCAGAGUACCUACUCCAGAACCCGAGUCAUUGGAAGAGAUGCGGGCGUGGAAUGCAUUUGAAAGGGCUCGUGAAAUAGAAAAUAACCCCAAUGCUUCUCGCAAACGCAAAGAACCGACGCUCUCACCGUCCCCGGAACCUUCAGAGCCUCAGCGCAAGCUGAAGAGGCCCCGCACGCGGCGACCCCAGGAACUGGCUGCUAUGGCCCAUCAAAACGCAGAAUCCUCCAGAGCCGCAGCAUCGAAUUCUCGAUCUAACGAAGAAAGUAUUGCCGAGCCGAGCUUUCUAUCAUCUCUCCUGAGGGAGGUGGAAGAUGCAUCUACCACGCCAAGCCACACCACAUCCAAGGGUCCUUCAGCUCCAACAUCUGUCGCUCCUACUGACCAUCUUACCUCUGGUCUAUCCUCUCCCUCUUUAUCACCCAUUUCAUCCGACGUCUCCUCGCCGCGGUAUUCAUCUAUAACCCCGCCACCCUUCUCCCGUAGCCGGCCCAUCUCCCCUCUUCAAAUAUCCUCGCCGGCUGAACCUUCCUCUCCACCAUUUUCACCCGAAAUAUCCUUCUCCGGAAGCCCGGAUACUUCACCAACUAGCGAUGAUAAGGUGCCACAACGUGAUCGCGCCCGACCAACCUCGCGUAUUCCCCGGCGUGCUCUUCAACUAGCUCAAUCAUCACCGGAGACCUCACCUACUCGAAGUGGCCCUUCCUCCACCGUGAAAUCUGCCAUUCAGAAGAUGGUUGGUUCGUCCUUGAAACCUCAUUAUCGCGCAAAGACAGUCUCCAAAGAGCAAUAUACCGAAAUAAAUCGGACUAUAUCUCGGAAACUAUACGAGCGUGUUGGUUCUGUCGAGUCAAUAAAUCUCCAAGCUCGCCUUGCCUUAGAGCAAGUUGCGAAGUGCGAAGUACAGGAUGCUGUCGACUCUCUACCUAGCAGAAGGAAAGGCAAGGAGCCUAUGAUAGCAUCUGACAGCGACGGAGAUGUAUUAUGA